AUGAAUCUUUUUUGCUUUUACUUGAUUUUUUCUAUUCAUUUUUCGGUGAUUAAACUUGAAACAUCUGAUACAUUUGAUAGUUCAACAAAUAAAACAAUUGAGUUAUUUGAAUUUGAUAAUUUAUAUAUAACAAUACUGGGUGCAUUAACAAAUAAUGAACAUAUUACUAUUCUCAAUGAACAUACUAAUCGAUUAUAUCGUGUAUCAUCACAUCAAGAAAUUUAUCUAUCAUCUCAAUCAUUUCUUCUUGAUUCAAAUCCAUUAUUAAUAGCAUUAAAAUUAUGUGAAAUAGGAAAUACUUCACAUGCUAAAGCUAUUAUUGCUGGUGAAGGUUCUGAUGGAAGUGAUUUAACUUUAACUGCUAUUUCAUAUGUAUCAGAUUUUUAUCAUAUACCUGUAUUAGCAAUAGCAUCAAGAGAAAAUCUAUUUUCAGAUAAAGCAUUAUAUAAUUAUAUUGUACGACUUGUACCACCAUAUUUAUAUGAAGCUGAUGCAUGGUUUAGUAUUAUUCGUAGAUUAAAAUAUACAAAAGUCGUAUUAAUCUAUAGUCAAGAUGAAGAAGGUCGAAUGGUUGCAUCGAGAUUUCAAAUGUUAACAGAAGAUUCAGAAAUUCAAAUUGAACGAACAGAAGAAUAUGAAAUAAAUUCAAAUUUUACAUCUAUAAUAUCUAAUUUAACAUCUGAAGAUCGUUUAUUAUCACGCGUUUUUAUUAUUCAUACUAGAGUUGAAGAUACUGAUGAUCUACUAUCAGCUAUUGUACGUUUACAACAUUUAGAAAAUUUUGUUUGGAUUAUAAAUGAACGUGCAUUAAUGUCAAAUAGUUCAGCAUUAUUCGAUGGUCUUCUUGGUGUUAAAUUACAUAAAUUAUUUAGUGAAGAAAAUCUUCUUAUCGAUGCAAUAAAACUUCUUGUAAAUGCAUUUAAUAAUUUUAUUGAUGACGUAGGAUUUUGGUCAGAUAAAAAAACAGCUAUUAAUUGUUCUACAAUUGAACCAUGGUCAUACGGAAAUGAUUUUUAUAGAAAAUUAUUGAAUACAAGUCUUAUGCAUGGUGUUACGGGAAAUAUUGAAUUUAAUGAAGAAGGUGAUCGUGUUGAAUCAUUAUAUGAAAUAAUUAAUAUUCAAAAUGGACAAACAAAAGUUGUAGGAACUUAUCGAACGAAUACAAUUGAUAAAACAGAAUUAGUACUUGAUGAACAAGAUCUCGUUUGGCCUAAUGGGCUUCGACGAAAACCAGAUGGAAUUCGAACAAGACGAAAUGUUUCAGUUGUUACAAUUCAUGAAAAACCAUUUACAAUUGCUCGUCCUGGUAAUGAUUGUGAUCCUGCUAUUGAAGUCUUAUGUCCACGAAAAAGACUAAAUGAUUCAAUUAAUGAAGAAUAUGAAAAUUUUUGUUGUCGUGGUUAUUGUAUUGAUUUAUUACAAGAAUUAUCAAAAAAUUUAAGCUUUGUAUUUACAUUACAUCUUGUUGCUGAUAAUAAAUAUGGAUCAUAUGAAAAAGAAAAAGAUGAUAAACAUAAACGAUGGGAUGGAAUGAUUGGUGAAUUGCUUAAUUAUGAAGCUGAUAUGAUUAUAGCUCCAUUAACAAUUAGUCCUGAACGUGCAGAAGAUAUUGAAUUUACUAAACCAUUUAAAUAUCAAGGUAUUACAAUUCUCGUACGAAAGACUAAAAAUGCAUCAAAUCUAGCAUCAUUUUUACAGCCAUUUAAAGAUUCAUUAUGGGCAAUGGUUUUAUUAUCUGUACAUGUUAUUGCUGUUGUUUUAUAUUUACUUGAUCGUUUUUCUCCAUUUGGUCGAUUUCGUUUUUCACCUCGACAAGGAACAGGACGUAGUGGAGAUGGUCCUGUCAUUGAAAUUAAUACAGAAGAAGAUUCACUUAAUUUAUCACGGGCACUUUGGUUUACUUGGGGAGUAUUAUUAAAUUCAGGAAUAGGAGAAGGAACACCACGUAGUUUUUCUGCUCGUGUUCUUGGUAUGGUUUGGGCAGGUUUUGCUAUGAUUAUGGUUGCAUCUUAUACUGCUAAUUUAGCUGCUUUUCUUGUGCUCGAUCGUCCACAAGCUGGUAUAUCAGGAAUCAAUGAUGCACGAUUGAGAAAUCCUCAAGAUGGUUUUACAUAUGCAACAGUCAAAGGUUCAUCAGUGGAUAUGUAUUUCAAACGACAAGUUGAAUUUUCCACGAUGUAUCGAACUAUGGAAUCAAAAAAUUAUUUAACUGCUGAAGAUGCAAUAGCAGAAUUAGUAGCUGGUACAUUAAAAGCAUUUAUUUGGGAUUCACCGAGACUUGAAUAUGAAGCAGCACAAAAUUGUGAUUUAGUUACAGCUGGAGAAUUAUUUGGGCGAUCAAGUUAUGGUAUUGCAUUAAGAAAAAGAGAUGCAUGGAUUAAUCCUUUAUCACAUGCAAUAUUAUCAUUUCAUGAAAAAGGUUUUAUGGAAACACUUGAUAAUAAAUGGAUAUUUUUCAAAGGAGCGAAACAAUGUUCUGAUCCAUCAUCAUCACCAGCAACACUUGGUGUUAGUAAUAUGCUUGGUGUAUUUUUACUUGUCGCUGGUGGAAUAUUUGCUGGAUUUUUUCUUCUUGCUAUUGAAAUCGCAUUUAAACGACGAAAAGAACGACGAGAAAAAGAAGUUGAAUUAUCUCGAAAUGCACUUAUUCAUUGGAGAAAAAAAAUCGAGAAACGUCGACAACGUUCAAUCAUAUUUGAAACUGAUAAUCAACAACGACGACAAAUUGUUGAUACAGAUUUACAUAAUGAAUUACCUUCACAACGAUUUGGCCUUUAUAAAUCGUCCAAUAAGACAAAUAAUUUAAAAGAUUUGACAUGUUAA